UCUGCCUUGUAUAUAUAUCCCAGCGUCGGCAAAAAUAGGAAAAUAGUUAGCUAGGGUUAGCUUCUUAGAUGGCAGGGGGAGGUGGCAGCGCAGUACUGUAGGACGAAAGACAUCAUUAUAUAGCUCUAUUCAUGAUUUUCCUCAUAUAACUACUCAUACACUGUCAAUAUAUUCACAUUUCAAAGAUUAGACGCGAAUUCCCCUCGAGUUCAGGGGCAUUAAAUGGAGGAGAAGAAGGAAGACGGAGACUCGGAGAUACAGGAACACGGACCCGAGCACUGGUUCUCAAAAUGGGAGCGGCAGUGUUUGGCCGAAGCGGAGCAGAGAGAUAUGAGCGAGGAGGAGGCCGACAACGAUCAAGAUAAAUUGUGGCAUCUUUUCCAGAACUCCGCCACUGCCGUGGCACAGUUAUACAAAGACAGGGUAUGCCAUCAGCAAGGCCUGUCACUGUGGGUGCCAUUUCAAAACGCUGCUACAGCAGUAACCAACCUUUACAAAGAGAGUGUGGAAGCCCACCAGAGAAGUUUUGAUCGGGGUAUUCAGAUAGGCCACCAGCGUCGUAACAAGGACAUGUUGGCCUGGGUGAAAAAGCGUCGGAGAACCAUACGUAGGGAGGAUCUCAUCAGUUUCUUGUGCGGCAAAGCACCACCACACAGAAGUAGUAGGACCAACUCUCGGCUAGCCAUGGUGGCCCCCAGCCGUGCUAAUUCACCAGCUGAGACUGGCUCAUCUGUGGAAACAGACCUCCAGCCCUUCAGGGAGGCCAUCGCACUGCACGGUUUGAGCGGAGCCAUGGCAAGUAUCAGUGUGCGAUCUGGUGCUCCAGGUUCUCCCACACAUGUUAGCGGGAGCAGCAGUAAUGCAGGCAGUGCAAGUGGAGGUGGGUCCUCUGGCUCAGGGCCAGUGUGCCGUAGCAGGCGCAACGGGCUCCAAGAUGUCGACCUGAACACUUUCAUCUCAGAAGAGAUGGCACUGCAUCUGGACUCUACAGGCUCCGCCUCUGCUGGAGGGGGAGGGACCAGGAAACGAAACUCCACCCAGUGUAGUGAUGUCAUCACAGACUCUCCUACGCACAAACGCAACAGGAUGAUCUGAUACGCUUCCUGCCUAUGUGGGUGGGAGGGAGGGCGGUCUUAAAUGCCAAGUCCAUGAGAGGGAGACGGAUGGGCUUAUGUGGUACAGAUGCGCUGAUGUACAGACAGACAUCCGGAUGCAUAGGCUAAGAAUUAAAAAAGAGAUAAAGAAAAGAAGAGGUAGGGGGGCUCCAAAGAUUCCCAGUUGGGUUUGUUCAAUUGAAUGAGUCCUAUUCCUUGUCUCCUUUCCUAACACUAUAAGUACAGAUCACUGAUCCACAAUCAGAACCAUGAGUGUGUGUGUGCGAGUGGGUGGGAAGUUAUGGACAUCACACAUUCCUCAUACCUCGCUGCCCUGGAAAGGAGACAAUGAAGAUGGUCACUAAUUAGUUCUGGGAUGUUCUCGUGUGAAAAUGGGCAUACUGCUCGACAAGCAAAUGCCACUUGAUCGUUGACAAGGUUGUGCCCUUCCCUUUCUUAACUUCACUCAUCCUCACCCACCACCUUAAUAAGGAAGUGAGGGCCAUGAUCAAAUCGUUUUCACUCAGCGGAUUGAGUUGCUCGCCAAAUGUUGGAUUAACUUUGUCCGAGACUCACUCCCUGAUCAGACAAGCCCACCUGUGUUUUCUGUUACUUCAUCAUUGCAGCUCUAAAAUGUUGUUGCCUGUCAGUGGUGGAGCUAAUUCGCCUAGUAGUACAUGUGUGGCGUCACCCAGCCUCAUCUGCCACUUGUUACCAGUUUACAUAUCUCUGGCUACUAGGCUGACAGCAUUUAAUUACAAAUAGCAGGCUGCUAGACCAUGUUCUCUGCUUCCUGCUCUGCUUCAUUUGUGGCUUGACUUGCUGCAGUCACUUUAAUUCUUCAACCACCAGUGUUAAAAUGUAGGUUUGUUGCCACUUUUUGCAGCAGCAAUAGCCAAGUUAAUGUUUCAUUACUUCACCUAACUUUUUCUUUUUGUUGUUCAGCAUAAUUGCAAGGAAAUCUUGUGUGUGUGGAUCCAGCUUAUCAGACGGCCCAUUUACUGAUUGUGAUGCCCUUUCUCCCUUUACCCUAGUCUUAUCAUGAAAGCAGCUGCUGUUUUAUGUGGUCGUGUGAUGAUUCUGAUGAGUUGCAAUAAGUAUUUUUUGCACUUAGCUCUCACCUCUAACUCGUGCAAACAAAUCGGCUCUUCCAUUGUAUUCCACUUGUAGCCUUUCCAGUUCUAAGUAAGGCCCACUUGUGCAGUAGAGCACUUGAUUCCAGCAACCCUUAUUAAGUAUAGUAAUGUACGGUGGAGCAUUUCUGUGUCACAUCCACUAAUAUUCGAAGAGUCUUGAGUCCUUUCCUGUGGGCCUUCCCUAUCAGACAAAUUAUUUAACUUAUUGGAAAAUAAUUGGUGCUGG